AUCCCUGGAUCAACUUGAGUAAUGAAAGUGAAGCGUCGGAAAAAAAACAAAGGGAGGUAAAGACUCUCUCUUUUCAAGACCCUCCAACUGUACUAGAGGCUCUUAAACAACAAAGGCAAAAGGAUAAAACUUUUGUUAGCCCAGAGAAUGAAUAUCCACAUAGCCGUCGUCUUCCUCGCCGGACAUGUUAGAUAAUAACAUUCCACACCCAAACUUACCCAGAGAGACAAUCUCUGAUUCACGUCCAGUACAAUUAACGAAUCUCUUCGUAAAGCCACAAAUCACCUACGCCAAUUUCACUGACAAUUCUCAUAACUCCCAAAACAGCAAUCGUUAGCUUCCAAUGAGUUUGUUCUGUAAUUCAAUUGAAACCCUUUAUCCAAAACCCUUCCUUUCCCACAAAUCUCACUUCUUUACCUUCUCCAAUUCCAAAUUCCAAAACCCUAAAUUCACAAGCUUACCACUUCGUCAUCCAUGGCGGAUUAAAUCAUGUCUUAAAUCAGCAUCUUCGUCUGAAAUCGAUAUGGUAAGAAACAAAGAAGGUAUCUUUGCACCAAAGGAGAAGAAAGUUGUAGUCUUGUGGGACUUAGACAACAAACCACCACGAGGUCCACCGUACGAAGCAGCAACAGCUCUCCGUAAAGUCGCGGAGAACCUCGGCCGAGUUGUCGAAAUCUCCGCUUACGCAAAUCGUCAUGCUUUUAUCCAUUUACCUCAUUGGGUCGUCGAAGAGAGACGAGAAAGGAGGAAUCUUGAUUUCAUGGAGAGGAAAGGAGAAGUGACUCCAAUUGAUCCGUACAUUUGUGGUGUCUGUGGUCGGAAGUGUAAAACCAAUCUUGAUUUGAAGAAACAUUUCAAGCAGCUUCAUGAGAGGGAGAGACAGAAGAAAGUGAAUAGGAUGAGAUCUUUGAAAGGUAAGAAACGUCAGAAGUUUAAAGAACGUUAUGUUUCAAGGAAUGACAAGUAUAAUGAGGCGGCGAGGAGGUUGUUGACUCCUAAAGUUGGAUAUGGCUUAGAGGCGGAGCUUCGGCGAGCGGGGGUUUAUGUGAAGACAGUGGAGGAUAAGCCUCAGGCGGCGGAUUGGGCGGUGAAGAGACAGAUACAGCAUUCGAUGACGAGGGGGAUUGAUUGGUUGGUUUUGGUAUCGGAUGAUAAGGAUUUUUCGGAUAUGUUGAGGAAAGCUAGGGAGGCUGAUCUUGGAACUUUGGUGGUUAGUGAUAGGGAUAGAGCGUUGGGACGGCAUGCUGAUUUGUGGGUGCCUUGGAGUGGAGUUGAGAAGGGAGAGAUUGGGGAGAUGGAUUUGAUUCCGGGGAAGAGACCGCGGUUUGAGGAGGAUGAGGAGAGUGAGGUGGGAUUUAGCGGUGGAGAUGAGUUGUUUUCGUUGUCUUAUGAUGAGGAUGAGAGGGCGGAGAUGACGGUGGAGAGUGAUGGGCUUGGGAGGUUUAAUGUAUCGGCGUUUUCAGAAGAUGAAUGGGUAGAGGAUGAAGGAGACUUUGCGUUGAGUGAUAGUGAUGAUGAUAGUGACGAUGAGCUCUUCUGAUUUAUGGCGAUUGAGUUGCAUUUCUAAGUGUUAAUCGUUUUACGAAUAGAGUUCAAAGGAGCUCUGGUUGAUGUAACUGAAAUCAAAAGUAGAACCAUUCUUACAUAAGCCAAGAAAUUGUGCAUUCAUGCUGUAAAAGCCAUGAGAAUUCAAGUUCAUUACAUUGUGGUA